CUGGGGGAGGAGUACCGACUACAGUAGCAACACUCGCUCGCUGACAGCCUGCUGUCAAAUAGCAGAUAGAGCAGGUGGACCUCGUGGAAUUUCAGUUAAUCUCAUCAGGAACGAGCAGGGAGGCGUUGUUGCCCGUACAGGCUACUGGGUAGAAGAGGGACCAAUUUAGCCAAAGAGGAGAUGGACAGUGAGAACACAAAUGCUGUAUUUCAGUCAAGAGACAAGACCUAUGUGUUUUUGUGGACCUACAGGCAGUUCCAGCAUGAGCAGACAGAGUGGGAUACCGUGAACAGGCUCCUACAGCAUCACGGGUUCAAGCCUGUUCACUUUGCGGAUCCCCUUGAGAAUAAGAACCUUGCAGACUUGGUCCUUCUUGAGAAGAAGUCUGCUUGUGACAUCCGGACGAUGCUGAGGACGAUGCUGACAGAUUCCGAGAGGAGACAGACCUUGAUUCAGGAGCUCAUCCAGUCCAACAACCGACUGAAAGAAGAAGCUCGUCAGCACAUUAGCCGGGCAGUCCGCCAGUCCCAGAGGGUGGCAGAGUUGGAGGGAGUCCUGGAAGGGGUGAAGGGAAAAGUACAAAACCUGGAAGACCGUUACAUCGGCAAGGCCUCACAGCAACACAGCCAAGUGCAUCAACUACAGCAGGACAAAAGAGACGUGCAGAAACGCUGCCAGGCCCUGGAGCAGAAGCUGUCUGAGGAGAGAGACGUGGUUUCCCAGCUGCAGAGAAAGCUCUACUUCACAGUGUCAGAAGAGGAGAAGCGGGUUGCCAGGCAGAACCAGGUGUUCCAGCAGAUACACAAGAGAUCUGCCCGGCCAAAUUCACCCGUGGACCAGCAGGUGCUGGAUGUGAUUGACGUCUACGAGGUCCAAAUGGAACAGCUACGAAAUAAGCUAAGGACCCUCAGAGGGGAUUCAGGGGACUCAAAUGCAUCUGACCAAUCACAGAGCAACAAGAGCAGCGCUGGUGGGGUCUCCCCCAGUUACAAACCUCUCCUGAAGUCAUAUCAGGAACAGUUAAAGGAGACCAAAGCUCAGAGGGAGGAGCUUAGAAAAGAAAUUCAGCAGUUGAAGAAAGAUUUGGCGUCUAGACCCACAGUGAAGGAGCUGAAGUCCUACAAAGUACAACUAAGACGCAUGGACAGACUUAUUCAACAGAGUAACUUGAGGUCUGCUCAGGAGGCCAAAGAGGAGAGUGUUACAUUGGCCAACCAGGACGUGGUGAAGGGAAGAGCUGAAGAAGCAGCCUUGAUUACCAAAUAUGAGAAGGUCCUUAACGACAUCGGAGCGGUUCUGACAACCUCUGGGGCUCCGCUUCGGCUCCACAGACAGAGGCCGCCAACCAGACAUCAGCUGUCCAACAGUACCUCAGAGAUGGUAGAGUCUGCCGAAAUUCUGUCCACUCUGGAGAUGUGGGCUGGACAACUGGCUUCACUGAAGGACCUUCACCGCGCCCUGAGUAAGUUGACACUGAGGCUGUUACCCUGGCAGCCAGCAGGAGCCAGUCCUGUCGAAGUUGUUCGGGUGGAGGACCUGAUGCUACUGGUGGACACGCUGUUGGACGAGGCCAACUCCGAGGAAGACAAGGUGCUGAGGAGCCCCACUAAGAACACCCUACAGUGCAUGGUGACCCACUUCCAGAAGCUGUUUGACAUCACCUCCCUCAGCGGCGUGUACCCACGAAUGAACGAGGUCUACGCCAGGCUGGGGGAGAUGACCAAUGCCAUGAGAAACCUCAGGGAUGUCCUGGCUCUGGAUGACAGAGCGCCGCCUAGCGAGGUCGUAAACCAUGUUGCCAGCCUGGUCAAUUACCCAGCAGUCUCUGUGUCCCGUGACCUCCACAACCUCCUGGGGACCAGUGAUAUUGACAGUAUUAUUUUCAAGGUGAAGGAACAUGAUGAGUUCUUCCCUGCAUUCUUCUUUUUGGUGCAGGAGCUGUUGCACAUUUUAGAUGUCGACAGUGUGGAUGACAUUGUGCCAGCUUUGAGGUCACUGAAGUCAAGACAAGAGGGACACUGAAGGUGCUCUGUGAUUGCUCUCUGUGUGUGUAGAGUAAUUGACCCCC